AUGGCUCAGCAGGUGUUCUCUCUCAUGAUGUCUUGGCCUGAGCCCAUGAACCAUUGGAUCCCACUACCCCAUCGUGCCUCUAAACAUGCCUCUGAGCCCAACAACUGGAACUCUCUCUCUCAAGAACUCACCAACCUGACCAGCCUUCUGUACUGGCCUCCAACUGGUGGCGACAAGGAUGACUUUUUGGCUUCUACCAGUCCCCAAACCUCCACCUACCACUUGAAGAGUCCUGCUCAGGCCACCUAUACUCUGGGAAGUAAUCUAGAGGCCAUUCUUGUGGCUAGGGACCACCAGGGUAGGCCCAAGACUCAUGGUGGAGAUCUGUUUCGGGCACAGCUGUUGGGGCAGGAGUUGAAGGCAGGAGUCCCAGGGGAGGUGAAGGAUCUGGAGAAUGGCACAUACCUCUUGUCCUUCCCCCUGCUCUGGGCUGGACGGGCCCAGGUGCAAGUGAGGCUGAUCCACUCCAGUGAGGCAGUUGGGGUCCUACAGAGGGUCUGGAAAGGAAAACGAGCCACCGUUGACUUUAGGGGGUAUUUUCGAGGCAGGGAUGGCACUCAAGAGACUGUGAUCUGCAACGUGGACCCCCAGUCAACUGGAGCCCGAGGGCCCACCUGCCAGUACAGGGAUGUGGUCUCUGGGGAGCUCUGGUUCUGUGCUCAACCCUCUACUCUGCCCUGCGAUGCUUUAGUCGGUCACUCCAGUGGAAGUUACCUGAAGGUGACCACACGGCAUGAUGAAGAACUGAUGGCUGGGAGUGUGACUGACCAGCCACUCCCUUCAGGCAUAUCUCCCAUCCUGGUGACACCAGCAGCCAUUGGGAACAUGAGGAAUGUGGCCUUGCCCUCUCGGCCCCCAUGCCGCCCUGGCCACCUGUCUCCAAAACCCUCCGGCUUCUACUAUCAAGACAGAUGGCACUCAACGUUCUGUUCUAGCCGCUCUUUCCCCACUGUGAGCAGCAUCCUGAACUGCCUGGCUGGCCGCAUUGUCUACAUGAUGGGGGAUUCCACCCUUCGGCAGUGGUGGGAGUAUCUGCGAGACACAGUGCCCUCUCUGAAGCCAGUUGAUCUACAUGUCCAAUACCAGGCAGGUCCCCUGAUGGCUGUGGACACAACUCGGGGGACAGUGUUGCACUGGAGGGCCCACAGCUGGCCUUUGCGAUCUCAUCGCACUCCAGUGGCCUCCUUGCACUCUGUGGCCAGAGUUCUGCAUGGCCUGGCCGGGGGUCCCUACACAGUGGUGGUGCUCGGUAUGGGAGCCCACUUCACCACCUUCCCUCCAUCCAUCUUUGCUCGAAGACUGGCAGGGAUUCGGGAAGCUGUGAAAGCCCUGCUAGACAGGGAACCCAGUACUCUGGUGGUUAUCAAACUGGCCAAUACUGGCUACAAAUCCGUGUAUGGCAGUGACUGGCUCACAAUCCAGGUGAACAGGUUCCUCCGAGCUGCCUUUGAUGGUCUCCAAGUGGCCUUUGUGGAUGCAUGGGAAAUGACCUCCAGCUUGGCUGUACCGGACGACAUCCACCCAAAGAGGCUUAUUGUCCGCAAUGAAGUGGAAUUAUUCCUGUCCUUCAUCUGUCCCACCUGAGUGCUCCCGAGGGACCUGAGAAUGAAUGGAGGCAGAGCCUGAGUGAGGGCCAUCAAAAUGGUGGACAGCAAAUGAUGGGUAGCUGAGGCUACCCCUGGCUCACCCACUGUAACACUCGGGUCACCAUAUUUUAUACAUCUUUCUAU